AUCGAACUUGCCUGCGAAUCUUCAGGAAUUCCAACUCCCAAAAUUAAAUGGAAGUUUAACGGAGUAGAUAUCAUCAAUCAAUUUGCCGUUGAGCCAAACGGUGAACUCGUUAUAGAAAAUUCUACAAAAAAUGACACUGGUGUUUACAGAUGUGAGGCUGAAAAUGAGGCGGGCUCUGAUUUCAAGAAUGUUCACUCUAAUUUCAUUGUAGAAUCUCCAAGAAUCAGCACGCAGACGAACUUGGAACCGGAGGUAUUGAACGGGCACACAACUAUCUUGUUGUGCCAGGUGGAAGGCCACCCUCCUCCGAAAGUUCAGUGGCUGAAGAAUGGCUACCCAGUUGACGUGAAAAAUGAAAAUUACAUCUUCCAAGACCGCAACCAACACUUUGAAAUUCUGCAGACGACUGUUGAGGACAGCGGUGAUUAUUCGUGCAUAGCCAAGAAUGAGGCAGGGAUCGAUGAUUUGCACUUCAUUCUGAAUGUUUUAGACCCGCCAAAAUUCAAGAUUCCGCCUACCAGCAUUACAGCCGACCAAUCAGCAACGGUGACCUUCGAUUGUGUGGCUGAAGGUGAGCCAGAGCCAGAAGUUCAUUGGCUGUCGGAGGACCUUAUGAAAUUUGGCGACCGAUUCUCAAUUCUUUCAAAUAAUUCUCUCAGAAUUGUAGCGGUGCAAGUGGAAGAUGAGGACGUAUAUGAGUGCCGCAUAGCAAAUAAGUUAGGUACUAACGUUGCAUAUGCCGUCCUCACUGUACAGGUUCAUGGCCAAUUCUCACAAUGGACCGACUGGUCAGAUUGUAGUGCUUCAUGUGGUGAUGGUCUUCAAACCAGAUCAAGAACAUGCACUAAUCCAGCUCCAAGGAACGGUGGACGAGCGUGCGCGGGUUCGACUGCAGAGGAGCGAACUUGCAUGCCUCGUCCCUGCCCAGUUGAUGGCAUGUGGAGUGAUUGGAGUGCAUGGACAGAGUGCAGCCAAUCCUGCGGCGACGGAUUGAAAACUCGGGUUAGGGAUUGCAGUAACCCGCACCCGAAAUACGAGGGCAGACAUUGCAACGGAGAGGGUAUGGAGAGAGUCCUUUGUAAUGCCAAGCCAUGUCCUGUUCACGGAGGGUGGGGCCAAUGGACUGAAUGGGACAAAUGCAGCGAGCCCUGUGGGGAGGGUCAACAACAGAGACACAGGGAGUGUGACAGUCCCGUGCCCAAAUACAGCGGAGAUUACUGUUCUGGAAUGAUUCACGAUAAGAGGGCUUGUAAAAUUGCCGAUUGUGAAGUUAACGGAAAUUGGGGCUCAUGGACGGAGUGGUCGAGUUGUACUCUGUCGUGUGGAGGGGGCAUGAGGAAGAGGGAGAGAAGGUGCGAUAACCCCCCACCAUCGAAUGAUGGAAAGUUCUGCCCAGGCUCUGAUCAACAAAUUGAUUACUGCAACAAAGAGGAAUGUCCUGUACAUGGCAAAUGGGCAGAAUGGUCAGCUUGGGGUGAUUGCACUUUGACCUGUGGGGGAGGACAGAGAAGAAGAUUUCGGACUUGCACCAACCCUGUACCCAAACACAACGGCAGGGCCUGCAUCGGUGUGGCCCAGGAAACUGACGUCUGCAACCAUCAGAGAUGUGCAGUUGAUGGUGAGUGGAGUACCUGGAGCAUGUGGACAGCCUGCAGUCGGACAUGCGAUGGAGGUACUCAGGAACGUCGAAGGGUGUGCAGGCAGCCCGAGUAUGGCGGGCUGGCCUGCGUUGGCGAUCCCAAUCAGCUCAAAAAAUGCAACACGCAUCCGUGCGAAGCCAAAUCUCUGCAAAGCGCACGGGCCAGUGUCAGAGGUAUGCUAAACAGUCAGGCAAUUGAUGCCAAGUUAGUGGCUGAAGUCGACAGGGAACCUACCCACGGUGUAGUUACUGUUGGAAAGAUUACCGACCUGCCUACUACUCUUGUGCAAAAUUUCAAACCUCUCCUGUCCAUUCUUGCUCCCAUCUACUGGUCGACCGCCCUGCAAGUUGGAAAAGUAGCCAACGGCUUCUCUCUAACCCGCGGAGAAUUUCAGCAAAUUUCAAAUGUCGAAUUUAUGAACGGAGAACUCACAAUAGAACAGAUCGCGCACGGGAUAGAUAAUGAAGGAAUGCUGACCUAUGACGUAACACUAACCGGAAGUAUGCUCAAUAUGUCGGAAGCGGAUGGCAACAUCAGUUUUGUCCCUUUCACUGAAGAUUACGUGCAAACUGGCAGAAACACCCUCUACGCCCAGUCGUACCGCUCCUACCAGCUAGGGGACAGCCGCAUGCCCUACAAAUGGAACCACACCAUCACCUACAACCUCACCCUCAACAAGAUGCCCUUUCUGGUGCAACAGCUGACUAUCGAGUCAGCCGAAGUCACUUACGAUCCAGCCAAUAAUACACUCCAGUUUAUCGUCGUUUCGCAUGUUUCCAAAGGCGAGCCAAGCAACCAAUGUCCAAGAGGAUUCAUAUUAGAUCCAGAAGAAGCAUUUUGCGCUGACGAUAAUGAGUGUACGACGCUGCAGAUGUGCAGUCAUUUCUGUACAAACACAAUCGGCAGUUACGUCUGUACGUGUCCCAGUGGUUUUAAACUGGACAUCGAUGGACGAAAUUGUAACGACAUAGACGAAUGUGAAGCUGGUGAUGACGUAUGUGAUGGUGCUACUGAUUCUGAGUGCAUCAACACAGUUGGUUCCUUCAAGUGCCUGCCAAAAUGUUUGGAAGGUCAUCGAAGGUCACUUGCAAGUUUCGAAUGUCAAGACAUAAACGAAUGUCUGGAAAUCCCGAACCUCUGCAGUCAGCUCUGCACCAACCUUCCGGGCUCGUUCGUGUGCUCCUGCAAAACUGGCUACAAGCUUUCAUCUAAAUCGAAGUGCGAAGAUAUAGAUGAGUGCACGGAGAACCUGGAUAACUGUGUACCUGGGCAGGUGUGUCGAAACAGACCUGGUGGUUUUACCUGUGUUAAUACUUGCCCAACCGGCUUCAAUCUACACGCUAAUGGGUCUUGUAUCGACGUGGAUGAGUGCAUGUCGGCCACUGGAUUCUGCACGCCUCCCCAGAAAUGUCUCAACACCAUCGGAAGCUACGUCUGCAUCUGCCCGAAAGGAUUCAAGAAAUCCAACAACAAACUAACAUGUAUAGACUUAAACGAAUGUAGCAUACCCAACAUAUGCCAACAUGACUGCCAGAAUGUCCCUGGCUCGUACAGGUGUCUCUGUCCACCUGGAUAUCGCCUGACACCUGACGAGAGGAACUGCUCAGACAUAAACGAAUGUAAGGAGCACAGCAUGGCCUGCGAUCCGGACAAGCAAUGUUUCAACAAGUUAGGCGGGCACGAAUGCAUCGAGCUAUCCUGUCCUCCCAAAUACUUCUUCGAUCCCAGUUCAAAAUUCUGCAUGUUAAACUGCGACGAAUGUUCAAGCCCCCACACCUUACAAUUCCACCUAAUCUCACUGCCACUCAACUUCGCAAACGGCUCGGGCAUAAUAAGAUUGACGGUCAACAAUCAAGAUGGCCUGCGUUUGGGGCUGACGUCAUUCAACAUCACCUCCAAAGAUACUGCAUCGCGUCAUUUUAACAUCAGAGUUGAGAACGGUGUUGGAGUGGUGUACAGUAAGCAGACGUUGAUGGAACCCAGGGAAUAUAAACUAAAAGUCGAAUCAAAAUCCAUCGAUCCCAUGUUCCCUGAUGUCAAAUUCCAAACUAGAUUCACACUAUUCAUUCAUGUAUCUAAAUAUACUUUUAGUUGA